CGUGGUUUUGUGAUCAAGUAAUCUUCAUAAACUAAUAAUUUUCUGAAUUCUUCAAUCUAUAAACCCCAACUCCCAAUGCUUUCAAAAAGCAAGAAAUUGUCCAAGACUCCCCAGCCUGCGAAGGUGAGGGGUAGCACUUUAAAAGCACCAAAGUCGGCACCACAGCUGCGGAAGAAGCCAGUGGAGGAACCUAAAGAUGAGGAUGAUAUCAAGGCAUUGAUGAAAAAUCUUAAGUACAAAGGAAAGAAGGACACAGAAAAAUUGUUAGCUAUGAUGGCAAAGGGAGGAUCAGAAGAAUCUGAGGACGAUGAAGAUUUAAUGGCUGCUGAUGACGACGAUGAUGAUUCUGCUGACAGUGAUAUUGAUGAGGAGGAGGAUGAUGAUGAGGAUGAUGACGACGACGACGACGAUGAUGAUGAUGAAGAUGAUGAGGAUGAGGAUGAGGAUGAGGAUGAGGAUGAAGAAGGGGGAAGUGAUCUCGAAGAAGAAAUUGUAGCAGCCACAAAGAACCAGUUGCAAAAGAAGACCAAAAAAGGUGCAGCAUCUAGUAGUAGUAAUGCAGAAGUUAUUAAAGCUAGAAAGGACUCCAAAAAUAGUGCAAAUAAGAAGGGGAACAGAGGUAUUGAUAUUUCUGCUUCCAUCGAAAAAGAACUUUCGGCGGAUUCCAAGAGAAGAGAUGAACGAGACCGACGUACGUUGUUCAUAAAACAUUUACGGGAGGCCGUAACAGAAGAAUCUCUUAAAAUGUUAUCUCCAGAUGUUGAAGAAGUACGGUUAAAUACAAAAAUGCGACGGGGUGCAAUGGAGCAUAGAGGAUAUGCAUUUUUGGGCUUCAAGGAUGAAGAGACGGCCGAGAAAAACUUCCAUGCACUCCAAGGAAAAAUUCUAGGAGGACGACGAAUAUUUGUAGAUUUUGUCGGUGCCAAGAGUCAACACAGAAGCGAACAUGAGAAGAUAAAGCAAUUAAAACCAGAAGACAUAGAUGCCACCAAAUUGUAUGUGACCGGGUUUGAUGUGGAUAUGACAUCAGAGAAAUUGAAGGAAUUAUUUCCUAAGGCUUAUAACGUCACGCUACCUAUCCAUGGCAAGGAUAAGAAACCAACAGGAUAUGGUUUUGUUCAUUUUGCCACUGAAGAAGAAGCAAAAGCAGCACAUGAUAGUAUACAAGAUAAAAUUACAGCGGGUCACAGACUUACAGUACUUUUUGCUAAAAAAUCACGGGAAGGAAAAAAGAGACCAAAAAAGACCAAGGAAACAAAAGGGGCACCUGCAAAGAAAAAGGCAAAAUUAGAAGAGGAGGAUGAUGGCGAUGAAGAAGACAAUGAUGAUGAUGAUGAAGGAGAUGACAUUAAUGACGACGAUGAUGAAGAUGAUGAUGACGAUGAGGAUGAUGAUGAUGACGAUGAGGAUGAUGAAAGUGAAUGAACAAACUUUUAGAAAUAAGGAGAUUCUAUUCUGUAUGUGUUCAUGGACUAUGUAGCUUGAUGCAGGCAGCUGGACUUCUGGUGUUAAGAUACACAGCAAGCUUGUUCUGAAUCAGUGUGGACUCUGGAUCGAGGGUAUUAAGGCAGUCAUGGGAUUCCAUUAUGAUGGUUGAAGGCGGUGUCGACGAUAGCCUGUUGAGGGGCACCUGUACAAAAGGCCUGUCUUAUGUGUAAUAGGCCCAUUUGUAAGAGACAUGCCCACAUGGACGUGCCUCAACCAGCCUAAUAUCAUUGACACUGUGUCUCAUGACUGAGUAACAUGUUAAAAAACCGGGCCUGUUUUUGCAUCAUUGUGCACUUGGGCUGGGAGAUAUUUCAUUAUUUUCCACAUGUUCAUAAGAGUAUGCUCGGGGAGGGGAUGGCCCAGGCCAUGCACAAUCUGCAAUGCUUGAUAAAGUGAACUGUGUCCUCAUCCACAGUGACUUAGCAUGCUUUGGUGAAGAAAAAAACACAACUCAACUACCUAUUAUCUAACACAGUGUAUUUGCAUAACAGAUUGCAUGUUUAAUUGGGUAAUUUGUGUUGAACUGGUCGAAAAGUGUCAAAAAUCGAUGAAACUGUUGACAAAGGGUAGAAGAAUUAGUGUGGGGUAUCUGAAACAUAAAAUUCAGCAUGGCCUUGAAAAAGUCUACUCAAGUACCCAAUUGAGAUUCAGGUUCCUCGUUGCAUGUGAGGGGUCAUUUUCCUUGAAUGAAUUUAUCAAAAAUAUAAUCUGAAGAAGGGUAAAUAUUAGUUGUAAUAUUCGCAUUCUUAUCAUGAUUGUCUGAAUUUUAUCUUACUGAUUUGGGGUGAUUUGAUUUGUUGAUGGGUUUUCUAUGUCAAUAAAAAAUAUGAAGAACAGGAUAUUGGAAGGGGAGGGGUGUUUAGGGAAUGUUGUGAUCAGUCAAUAUAAAGUUUUGCCCUAAACUUUUGUGCCAUAGGCUUGGCAGUGAUUAUUGUCUGAAAGGUGUGAAGUGAAUGUCUUAAUGGUGGCGUGAGCAUAUGUAACAUGUGUUUAUCAUUGCAUCAAGACAAAGUUCAUUGGAAUGCUAUCUUUAUAUCAAUCUGAUUUAUUGGCAGCACUUGGGUUAUAUAUUUGUUUUUAUGAGCAUAGAAAUAUCAAACAGCAAAUGAUACUUAGCAAGAAUAUCUUGACUUGUAUAGCUUUAUGUAGAUGAUACAUUUAGGUUCUUAGAGUUUAUACUAACUAUCAGUGUUGUCUGUGUCAUAUGUAGUGGGGUGAACACUUGCCAAGGAACAUGAUUUAUGACUUUGGUCAGUAUAAAUGAAAUUCGUUAUGAUUCUGAAGCAUUGACAUGGGAUCUUUUGGUAUUUUUAAUGUCCUUAGCAAAGGCAUUUCACUUUCUCAGAAAAAAAGGAGUUGUCUGAUGUCUUCGAUAUACUGAAUGGCAUUUUUACCUAAGUGUCAGUCGCUUACCAUACUAUAUCAUGACACGUGUACAUGUAAUUCAUUUUCCUUUCUUUUAAUAAAGAUAGAAUAAAUAA